AUGUGUCCAACCGGAACUUCCCUUUGGCCGGCGAGGAAUAUCUCCAACCUACGCUCUGCAUUUGAGGUGCUCGACACCGAUCAUGACGGAAAGAUCAGCCGUGAAGAUCUGAAAACAUCUUAUACAGACGCCGACGACGAGGUCAUCUCCACCAUGAUGACGGUGGCCGAUUCUAACAAGGACGGUUACGUUGAGUACGAUGAGUUCGAGAAAGUAUUGAGAAGUGAUAACAGCGGUAGCGGCGGCGUGAUGGCGGAUGUAUUCAAGUCUAUGGACAGAGACGGUGACGGAAAGGUAGGGUAUCGAGAUCUUUCGAGUUAUCUCAGUUCGGCCGGAUUUGACGUUAAUGACGAUGAAAUCAAAGCGAUGCUUGGAUUGGGCGCCGGAGACGGUGGUGCCGACGGUAUCACAUUCGACGAAUUUCUCAAGAUAUUGGCGGUUUGA